AUGUCAAAUAAAGAAAUAAAAAAUCCGAAACGUAAAUUAAAAUCUGAUGAUGACCAGGAUGAUGAGAAAUGGUCAAAAUUAUCACGUGAACAAAUCAUUCAACGGUGCCAACAACUUGAAAAACAUGUUGACCAAUUAAGAAAUACAAUUGUAAAAAAGAAAGAAAAAAAAUCGAAUGAGAAAAACACUAAAUCUAUGAGACCGUUCGAUUUUAGUAAACAUCCGAAACGACAUAUCUUUCUAAAAUUUUUCUAUCUUGGCUGGGAAUAUCAUGGUUUCGUAGUUCAAGAAACAACAUCGCAAACAGUGGAAGAUUUCUUAUUUGACGCUCUCAUAAAAACUCGAUUGAUUGAACAACGAGCAACAUCUAAUUAUCAUCGAUGUGGACGAACAGAUAGAGGUGUGAGUGCAUUUACACAAGUGAUUUCAUUGACUGUUCGAUCGAAAAUUACUGCAGAAUGCACCGAAGAACUUAAUUAUGUACAUAUGUUAAAUGGUGUUUUACCUAAUUCGAUUCGAUGCGUAGCAUGGGCAUCUGUACCCGACGGGAAAUCUGCUCGAUUCGAUUGUAUAUCAAGAUCCUACCGGUACUAUUUUCCAAAAGCGAACCUUGAUCUCGAUCAAAUACGUCAAGCAGCAGCUGACCUCGUUGGUACGCAUGACUUUCGAAACUUUUGCAAACUCGAUAUUACCAAUUCAGAACCGACAUUUAUUCGGCGUAUUGAUAAUGUAACUGUUGAACAGUUAAAUAGUGACCAUGAUUUGAAUAGUAAUAAUUCUGGUUAUGAAAUGUGCGAAUUAUUAGUGCACGGUUCUGGAUUUUUAUGGCAUCAAAUCCGAUGUGUUGUAGCGAUUUUAAUUUCUAUCGGCCAAGGAAAAGAAGAUGCUAGUUUAGUUAGAAUGUUACUUGACAUUGAAAAAUAUCCAUGCACACCGAAUUAUCAAAUAGCAUCUGAACUACCUUUGGUUUUAUUCGAUUGUCAAUUCGAUGGCGUUGAUUGGAUAUGUGAUCAAGCCAGUCUUCGUAUAACUAUUUGUCAUUUACAACGGCAUUGGGCUUCAUUUCAAAUUCGUGCCACUAUGAUUAAAGCCAUGUUAGAUAAUUUAGAAAAUCAAAUUUCUGACAAACAACAACUGCCGAUUUUAGGACAAUUGUGCAUUGUAGACACUGACAGUAAUUCAUUAUUAGGAUACAAUAAUACUCGAAGAAAUUAUCAACCAAUUCUAACACGUCCAGUACGAGAAAGUGUUGAAUCAAAAGUUGAAAAAUUUCAAAAUAAAAAAACUAAACUAGAAACAACCGAUGAAAUAAAUCAAUCGGAUUAA